UUUGAAGCGCGGAGCUGAAGGGGUUCAUAGCUCAAGAUGGACAAAGACUGCUGGAAACUGACACUGGCCUUUCUGGUGCUGUUGGUCAGCACCUACGCAGAAGCUUCAUUUUCAUAUCAUAUGGAAGACUUCAUCAAGGCAGUGAAGCAGGUGGAAGAUGAGGACCCUGGGUCAGGGCCGCUAGCUGUGUUGAAGAGGCUGCGCCAGGCAGCUGGCCAUAAUGAUGCGUUCAUUCACUACUUCCUUUCAAAUGCUGACUCUGGUGGUCCUCAAUUGGCUGCUAACCUUUCAGAUUAUAUUAGAAAAGCUAUUCAUCACAGGGUGACAGAAGAUGCCAGAGAGGAAGGUGUGGUCCUAACUCCUGAUGGUACCACUGUUGCCCUCAGACCGCUCCUCCUGGGCGUCGAGGCCGGUUUACUCUCCAAGUCUCGGAGACGUGUGCGAGGUCUUUAUCAGCUCACUCUGGCCAGAGACCUCGGCCUUUCCCUCAAGCAGAGCCCUUCUGUGACACAGCGUCUGGGACCUGACGGAUGCUGGGACAGCCUAAGUGCUCCUCAGGUGUUCUCCCUCUCGAACAGCCCCUCCCUGCUCACCACGGCUCAAGCCAACGGAGGCAUGGACGGUGUCGUGCUUGGGCUGGAGGUUUCUGACAAAUCCAGACGCCCUCUCAAGCUCAGCAGUCUGCUGACAGAGUACUACUGCCACCAGCUGGAGGGUAACGGACUGGACGCUGCCCCGCGCCUCAUCAGCCGACGCCGCAGGGAGAACUUCAGAGGGUUGGUUGUCCCUCUGUUGCUGGCCAGACAGGUGGUGAAAACUGUAGAACUACAGCAGAGGCUGAGAGGACAAUCAAAUAUGCAGGUGAAGGAGAAGAAGCAGCUGAUGGUGGAGGCGAAGAAGGGGAUGAAAGCGUUUGCCCAUAUGUACAUGGAUUGUCCGCCCAUCAUUCCUCGGUGUAUGUGGGGUGCAAAGCCGUACAAAGGAACACCCACCAACCUCACUCUGCCUCUCCCCUUCAUGUACAUCCACCACACUCACUCGCCUAGCCAGCCCUGUCUGACCUUUGAGCAGUGCUCUGCAGACAUGCGCUCCAUGCAGCGCUUUCAUCAGGAGGACAGAGGCUGGGAUGAUAUUGGAUACAGCUUUGUCGCAGGCUCUGACGGGUACAUCUACGAGGGCCGAGGGUGGUUCUGGCAAGGAGCCCACACGCUCGGCCACAACUCCAUUGGCUACGGCGUUUCUUUCAUCGGAGACUACAGCAGCAGUUUGCCCUCUCAGCACUCCAUGGAGCUGGUGAGAGAUCAACUGGCAGCCUGCGCUGUAGGUGGUGGGAGACUCAUACCCACCUUCACUCUGCAGGGUCACAGACAGGUGGUGAACACUGCUUGCCCAGGAAAUGCCCUCUACAGUGAGAUCAAAACCUGGGAACAUUUUGGGGAAGCCAAGAGAUGAAAAAACUAACUGCUCCAUAAGAGGCAGAGCCUGGGAUACAUCAAAACAUCAUUAUAUAUAUAUAUAUAUAUACCGGCCAAUUGUUGUCAUUUCCUGUGUUGUAUUAAAUCUUGAGCACCAAA